UGGCUAAUAAUAAUAGUAGGCUGGAUUCUGGAAGAAAUGGAAAAAGCGUAGACUGUGACAUCGCCACUUUGAAGUUUAAAGAUUUCAUUGCGGUACUUUUAAAAACGGUAUGAAACAUCGAAUCGUUUUUCGACAAUUUAUGAUUGUGAAUUUCCGUUGGAAUGGGAAAAACCUUUAAAAAUCUGUCUAAUUUGUAUAUAAAUACAUUCGAAUAUAUUUGAUAACAUAUUCAGAAAGUUUUUCAUUAACUGAAGAGAAAGUGGUGCCGAAAUAUUUGCAGGUUUGUUUUUAAAAUAAUGACAUCUGUCUUAAUGUUUAACUUCCUUGUGAUGUGUACCGUAUGUGAGACUGUUUUUUCGUUACCGUGUCUAACAAAUAAAUCCAAGCAAGAUUUUAUCAAGGCCAGAAAUGCAUUGAAAAGCCUUGAAGAUUUCCUGAAAUCACAAGCAACUUCUAUCAACAAUAAAUUACAGGUUUUAGACAAAGACAUGAUAACGAUGGAAGAGGAUUUCAAACGGAGACAAUGGACAAAGUACAACAGCCACUGUUAUUAUAUUGGAGAAGACAAUAUUAUAUGGACUGAGGCAGAGAGAAAAUGCAGAGAGAUUGGAGGGUAUUUAGUGAAAAUUGAUGACUCGUCCGAAAACAGUUGGAUACAACAGCAAUUGAAUAAAAGCAGCAUAAAAACAUAUUUCUGGUUAGGAUCUACAGAUGUGGUCAAUGGUGACUGGAGAUGGAUAUAUGAUCAAACUCAGUUGAGCUACAAGAACUUUGUCUCAGGACACCCUUAUCCAACCAGUAGUACAAACUCCCACUCAUAUUACUGUAUUUUGAUGCACUUCAGCAAUGGUAACUGGUAGGACAGUUUAUGUCAGUCCACUCGCCAAUAUGUCUGUGAAAGUAACUUCUGUUUCCAAUAGAAAUGUGAAUGUUUCCGCUAAAACCAGAUGACAGAUUCAAUAUGAUACGUUAAAGUAUUACUACGGUGCAUAAUCAUGUUGUUGUGUUUAUGAAGAUAACAAGUCUCCUAAUAUGACUUAUUAUAACAAUAAAGAUAUGUGGUUUAUAUAUUUUAAAUGAAGUUGCAGCUUCCAAGUUUCCAUAUUCACAGUUCUGUACGUUCCUCAUUUCUGACUUUUAGAAAUAUAUGGUUCAAUAGUGCAAGGGGUCUUUUUAAUUAUU